AUGGCUCCCAAGAGUCGAUCUAAACGACCAAGCCUACUCUCCAAAGGCCGGCCACCAACUGUCAAACCCAAACAGGCAGCAUUAUCCUCCAAAGCCACCCGUACUCUCAUCCGAUCUCACCAUCAACUCCUCAAGGCCAGAGCUCAGGCUGAAAAAGCCGGCGACGCAGCCAAAUUGAGCAGCAUUGAUGCUCAAAUCCAAGCCAAUGGCGGACUCGACAGUUAUCAAAUUGCCAGCAAGCUCGGGCAAUCCAUGGACCGAGGCGGCGAUUCCAGCAAACUACUGAUUGAAUGGAUCAAGCCCCAGUUGAAUCAAUGGAAUCCGAACUUGCCUAAACUGCGCGUUCUGGAGGUUGGAGCAUUGAGCACGAAGAAUGCUUGCUCGAGAACCCCGUCUUUGGAUGUAACCCGGAUCGACUUGAAUUCCCAGGAACCGGGUAUCCUCCAACAAGACUUUAUGGAGCGGCCUUUACCGUGUUCAGACGAGGAGCGUUUUCAUAUUAUCAGUCUAUCUUUGGUUCUCAAUUACGUGCCGGACGCGACGGGUCGAGGCGAUAUGCUUAAGCGCUGCGUCAAGUUCUUGACGUCUCAAUGUCCCAUCGCAUUUGUGCCGACGCUCUUUUUCGUCUUGCCUGUGGCGUGCGUUGAUAACUCGCGAUACGUGACAGAGGAGAGACUGCUUGACAUUCUAUCCAGUCUGGGAUUUGAGCUGGUUCAAAGCAAGCGAAGUAACAAGUUGAUUUAUCAACUAUGGCAUUAUACGGGGCAAUGUUCGCCGCGAAGUUUCAAAAAGGAGAUGCUCAACCCGGGUGCUAAACGGAAUAACUUCGCCAUCAUUCUGCGCGAUGGGUGA